CCUCCUUUUCCUUGCAUUACAAGUUCUUGCAUCACAUUUGGCAGCGCCUUUGACCCACACAUGGCAAAAGUUCAAAGUCUGGGAUCACCGUUUAAAACGCCAACCAAGGCGAAGAAGAAGGGUCUAGACAAACUUGACGCUACACAGGAGGCAUCAGAGUCUGUAGCUUCGGACACCAUUGCCGAGACAAAGGUUGUGGCAGAUCCCACCCGCCAGCUCUCUUCCGGUAUCUCAGCAUUUCGGCCAGUGAGAUCAGAAGAGAGUUUCCACACUCCUGAGCGCCAAAUUAAAGCCUUUGACGUGCAAGACGUGCAAGACAAGCUAGAAAUGCCAGGCGCACAAUAUGGAAAGUCCAGAGCCCCUGAACCGAUCUGUCUGGCAGUCAAUCGGGAACAGACAUCUCCGUUAAUGCACAGAGCAUUGAGGCAUGGCAAACUCCCAACUCAUAGGCUCAUGUCCAGGGUCAAGCAAAAGCUCCAAUUUGGAGGCAGCCGAAGAAGUAGGAAACGAGUUAUGGCAUCUGAAUGCUCCGUGAGACACAAGUCGUCUACAACGAAGACGACUAACUGGUGGGAUAUGUGAGCUGCAGUUCCCGGCUUUUAUCACAGUUAAUAUCA